AUGUUUCGAGUGCUCAAGGAGAUCUGUGAUGACAAGGAAAAGACAAAGGAGCAGGUGCUGGAGGUGACAGCCAGUGCCCGCUGCCGCGGCAAGGCAUCUUGCGAAGCCUUGGGGGAGCAUAUCAAAGCUUUCUCAGACGAGCUGGCUUCGAAUGCAGCUUUGGUUGGGGUGGAUGGGAAGGUGAAGAACCCGAAGAAAAAAAAGGUCCUCACCCCCGAGCAAGAAUGUGAUCGCAUGGUGGUCACACUCUUCAAGAAGAUUCUCAGCGAUGAAGGGAAGCUUAGUUCUCAGAUCGUGGAUCUGGGGAAGGUGCCGCACUCCGCGGAGCUCGCUGCAACCCUGGAGACGCACAAGGGCAGUGUGAAAGGCAUCUUGGAUGCCUUCGAUGUCGCCACGAAGGGCAAGGAGGGUAUCGACUUAGCUACGAAGAAGGCGGCGGCAGAGCAGGCAACAAAGGACAUGUCCCCGAUCCAGAAGGAUAUGAGAGAAGCUGCUCGCCGCAUCAAAGCGGCUGGCAUCAAACCCAGCAAGGAGUCGCAGAAGCAAGGCCGUGAUCAGCAAGAGCGACUGAGCAAUGCCUAUGCCGAGUACGCAGCGGCAUGCAGGGCGAACAGUGUGCGCUGCAAAGCUCCACCAUUCGAUCUCACUGCAAUGAAGGCCAAUCCUGCUACUGGGAAGUUUCCUACCUUGGCCCAGAAACAUUUGAGUGGAGCUGAGUCCAUAAUCCUGGUGCGCUGGCUGGCUGGGAAAUGUUGGGCUGUGGCUUCUGUUACACAAAGCCAGCACGACCUCUUACGUGCUGGCGUUUUCGUCGGGCUGGACCGACUUCGAUGCACCUUCGUGGAUGCAGGCUGUGUGCUGAGCCAGCAAGACCGAGAACAAGCUGAGUUUUUCAGUGAUUUAUAUCAUUGCUCUCUCAUGGGAGCCCUGUCCAUAUACAUCAGUUCUACCAGGCUAGAUUCAGCGGCAAGGGAAGUAUAG